AAAAAGGAUCUUCUGGAUGCUUUUCAACUGAAACAGGUUAACUGAGCGCUAACCUUGUUCUGUCUUCGAGUAACAGAUAAAUGAGUUGACUUGAAACUUUUCCUUUGUACUUCCAUGGCACCUGUGCUUUCCUGCCUUCUACCCACAGCCCUGCCCAGCUGGCAGGAGGAAGGUCAGCAAAGCUGCUGAUAAGAGGAAUAUAAAGAGGGUUCGGCUCAUGGCAAAGGGGCAGUGGUCUGCUCUCUCGGCAACAUGUUACACUUCCUGGUGUUCGCUUCCCUGGUCCUGUGUGGACACAGCACCCAGGACUUUCCAGAAACUAACGCACGGGUGGUUGGAGGGGCUGAGGCCCAGAGGAACUCUUGGCCAUCUCAGAUUUCCCUCCAGUACCGUUCUGGAGGGCUGUGGUACCACACCUGUGGAGGAACCCUCAUCCGACGCAACUGGGUGAUGACCGCCGCUCACUGUGUGGACAGCCCGAUGACUUUCCGUGUGGCUGUCGGAGAUCACAACCUGAGCCAGAACGAUGGCACGGAGCAGUACGUGAGCGUGCAGAAGGUCGUGGUGCACCCCAGCUGGAACAAGGACAACGUGGCUGCGGGCUAUGACAUCGCCCUGCUGCGCUUGGCCCAGAGUGUCACACUCAAUAACUACAUCCAGCUGGGUGUUCUGCCCCAGGAGGGAACCACCCUGGCAAACAACACUCCCUGCUACAUCACAGGCUGGGGAAAGACCAAAACCAACGGGCAGCCAUCUCAGACCCUGCAGCAGGCAUACCUGCCCAGCGUGGACUAUGCCAUCUGCUCCAGCUCCUCUUACUGGGGCUCCACAGUGAAGAGGACCAUGGUGUGUGCUGGGGGAGACGGGAUUCGCUCGGGAUGCCAGGGUGACUCUGGAGGCCCCCUCCACUGCUUGGUGAAUGGCCAGUAUUCUGUCCAUGGAGUGACCAGCUUUGUGUCCAAGCUGGGCUGUAACCUCUCUAGGAAGCCCACAGUCUUCACGAGAGUCUCUGCUUACAUCUCUUGGAUGAAUAAUGUCAUAGCCUCCAAUUGAACAUUUUCCUGAGUCAAGAUAGAGUCAACAUUUGCCUUCCCAAGAUGGUUCCUAGCUCUGCGAUAAGACUUGAAGUCAGCAGGAAGUGAUGGGGUCAUCACUCAGCGGUGGAGCACUUGUUUAACAUGUACCAAACCCUGGGUUCAUCCCCAACGGGGGCGGAGGAGUGUGCUGAUGGUGUAGCUCAGCAGUGGAAGCCUUGUCUAGCAUGUGAGAAGCCCGGGGCUGGGUCUCCAGCACCUGGGGCAAAGGAGG